AUGAUUCAUUCCCAACAUGAAAAUAUUGAUCCUACUGUUACUAACUCCAAUGGUCAUGAAUUAUCUAUAGUUUUGGCAGGUACUCAAGGAGAAAACCCAAGUCAGGGGUGUCAAAAUGCUAGAUACUCUCUUCACCCGAGACCAACCCCCAAUCCUAAAUACACUCUUCCUCAUGCACUUUUGACUGAAGCUGACACCCAACAUGAGCCAACUUGUUUCUCUAAUGCUAACAAACAACACCACUGGCGUACUGCAAUGAAUGAAGAAUUGAAUGCCCUCAUAAAAAAUGGCAUAUGGUCACUUGUUCCCUAUGAUCCUUCCAUGAAUGUUGUUGGGUGUAAGUGGGUGUUUCGUGUCAAGCGCAAGGCUGAUGGUACAAUUGAUAGGUAUAAAGCACGUUUAGUUGCCAAGGGAUUUCAUCAACAAAAGGGAGUUGGUUACACUGAAACGUUUAGUCCCGUCGUCAAACCCACCACUAUUCGCACAGUUUUGUCACUUGCUGUUAGCAAUGGUUGGGAAGCUCGUCAGUUGGACGUAAGUAAUGCUUUUCUCCAUGGUCAUCUUAAAGAAGAGGUUUACGUGAUUCAAGCACCGGGUUUUCUUGAUUCCUUUCAACCGCAUCAUGUUUGUAAACUUUAUCGGUCCCUCUAUGGCUUAAAACAAGCACCACAGGCAUGGUUUCAGUGUUUGAGUUCUUCCCUUUUACAACUUCAAUUUGUUGGCUCUAAAAUGGAUAGUUCAUUGUUUGUUUUUAAUGAUCGAACUACGAUGAUCUAUGUUCUUGUGUAUGUUGAUGACAUAAUCAUCACAGGAAAUAAUAGUGCUGCCAUUGGAAAAGUCAUCUCCACUCUUAGCUCCACAUUUGCUUUGAAAGAUCUUGGUAUACUACAUUAUUUUUUGGGCAUUGAGGUGGUACCCCAUUCUGGUGGAUUAAUCCUUUCUCAACGCAAAUACAUCAUUGAUCUCCUAAAGCGAUCCCAUUUGGCUGACAUCAAGCCUAUUGAUACACCAAUGGCCUCUUCUAGCAAGCUUAGCAAAUCUGAUGGUGAACCAUUAUCUAAUCCACAACAAUAUAGAAGCAUCCUUGGCACUCUUGAAUAUGUCACCUUAACUCGCCCGGAACUAUCCUUCUUUGUUAACAAAGUUUGCCAAUUUAUGCACAAUCCCACCAGUGAACAUUGGGUUAGCGUCAAGAGAAUUCUUCGAUAUCUCAAGAAAACUAUCUCUCAUGGACUUUUCCUUUCUCAUGCCAUUCAAGCUUUUUGUGAUGCGGAUUGGGCUGGAUGUCUAAAUGAUUGCCGCUCAAUUGGUGGGUUCGCUAUAUAUCUUGGUUGUAACUUGGUCUCGUGGUCAGCCAAAAAGCAACAUACUGUUGCCCGGUCCUCCACUGAGGUGGAAUAUCAUGCCAUUGCCAAUACUUCCACUGAAAUUAUUUGGUUUAGCUCAUUACUCCAGGAACUUGGAAUUUCCACAUCUACUUCACCUGUCUUAUGGUGUGACAACUUAGGAGCUACCUACCUUUCUGCUAAUCCAAUUUUUCAUGCCCGUACAAAGCACGUAGAGAUCAAUUAUCAUUUUGUUCGUGAUCAAGUUUCUGCAAGAAAGCUUAGUGUUAAAUUUAUCUCCACCAAGGAUCAACGUGCUGAUAUCAUGACCAAACCAUUGAGCUCCCCUCACUUCACCUUCAUUAUAGACAAGUUGAGAGUUCAAGAACGCUCAACUUGA